AUGGAGAUACUGAUUCUAAACUUGCUGGUCUUUAUCAUUGUCCUGGUUGGGCUGGCUGGGAAUGCAUUUGUGCUCUAUCUCUUGGGCUUCCAAAUGCAGAGGAACCCCUUCUCAGUCUACAUCCUCAACUUGGCUGGUGCAGACUUCAUUUUCCUGUGCUGCCAGGUUGUGUAUUUCCUGUAUACACUCAUCACCUUUUUCCAUUCCAUCUCCACUUCAGUCCCCUUCUUCAAUGUGAUGUUUUUUUUCUACAUCACAGGCCUGAGCAUUCUCAGCACCAUUAGCACUGAACACUGCUUGUCCACCCUGUGCCCCAUCUGGUACCACUGCCACCGCCCUAAGCACACUUCACCUGCCAUGCGUGCCUUCCUCUGGGCCCUGUCCCUGUUGCUGAGCUUCCUGAAAGGAAACUACUGUAGACUCCUAUUUAGUGACUUUGACUAUGAUUGGUGUCAAGCGUUUGACUUAAUCACUUCUUCAUGGCUGAUGUUUUUAUUUAUAGUUCUGUUUGUGUCCAACCUGGCCCUGCUGGUCAGGAUGCUGUGUAGCUCCUGGAGGAUACAGCUGACUAAUUUCUACAUAGUCAUCCUCAUUACAGUGUUUAUUUUCCUUCUCUGUGGCUUGCCCUUGGGAAUCCAGUGGUCUAUAGGGGUCUGGAUUCAGCAUGAUUACUAUGUGUCCUCAUAUUUUCUUAAUUGGAUUAUGGAUAUUUUGCCUAGUGUGAACAGCAGUGUCAAACCCAUCAUUUACUUUUUUGUUGGCUCCUUUAGGCAGCAGCAGCAGCAGAGCCAGACCCUCAAGUUGCUCAUUCAAAGGGCUUUGGAAGACAUUCCUGGAAGGAGGAGAAGUGGAGAAAGCCUUCCUCAGGAGACUAUGGAGAUAUUGAAAGCUGUCUCACAUAGUGAUUCUGUAUCAGUCAGGGCUCAAUCAGAGAAGUAG